AUGGCGAUGCAGAUAGAUCCAGACACAGCACUUAUCAACAUUAGAGAAGAAGUUGAGAACGUCGAUGCAGAGUUGGCGGGACAAUUCUACUCUUUAGAAGACUACUAUGAGCGGAAAUUGUGGUACCAACUAUCGGAAUUACUUAGAACUGUGAUUUACAAGAAUCCGAAUUCCCAGGGUAUCAGGUUGAAGUUAUUUGAGAAUUUCAUUUUGUCCUUUGGUGAUAAGAUCAACCAGUUGCAAUUAGUUGAUUUCUUGGUGAUUUCAUUGAAGGAUUCUACGCCGCAGGAUUCGUAUGAGUAUUUGAACAACUUGAAACAGAGGGUGUUGAAGUUGGGAGAAACGAAAUCGCACAAUACCGGUGACGACGAUAUAAAUGACUACGAGAUAAUACAGGCCUUGAUAUACCUCGAUAAUGAGCUAGCGAAAGUUAAGUUGGAUUUGGGGUUUGUUGAUGAAGCGGUAUCAAUUAUUGACGAGUCGGAGAAGAAGAUUGAUUCUUUGAACGUAUCAGUCGACAAUAGGGUGAAUGCAAGCUUUUACCUUGUUCGGGCAAAACUGAUGAAAGGUAAGGGAGAUUUCAACUCUUUCUACUACAAUAGUCUCUUAUUUUUGUCGUGUAUUCCAGAAUUAGAGGAAUUACAAGACAAACAACUGAUUGUUCAGGAUAUAUGUAUUAGUGGAUUAUUAGGCGACAAGGUUUUCAAUUUUGGUGAGAUCAUAAUGCACGAUAUCUUCCAGUAUUUGAAUGAUAAUUGGCUCAAGGAGUUGCUAUUAAGUUUAAACAAUGGAGAUUUGAAUACGUUCAACAAGUUAAUUGCAAACACAGACGCAUUGGGUCAAUAUAAGGAUAUCGAGUCCCGACUUGACUUUUUAAGGCAAAAAGUUUGUAUAAUGGCGUUCAUUGAGUUGGUGUUCAACAAACCAACUACAAGCAGAAUCAUCCAAUAUGCAGAGAUCAUGGAGAAGAUUCCAUUGUUACGCACGGCGAGUGAAGUUGAAUAUUUGGUGAUGAGAUGUGCGAGCUUGAAGUUGGUGAAGGCUUUGAUAAACCAGGUUGAAGAAACCGUGGAGGUGUCGUGGAUCCAGCCUCGUACCAUGACUCUAGUGCAAAUCGAGAACAUGAAGACCAAGAUGGAGACGUGGAACGAAAAAGUCACCUCUCUCAAUGCAUACCUUGGAGAGUGUGGUCGUGAGCUCUUUGUGUAG